AUGGCAAACGCAGUUUUCUCGCCCAGCGACCCAGCCUCACCACUGUCGAUCUCACCUCAUGAAACCGCUGUGUUGCUCAUGGAUUACCAGAACAUGAUUCUUGCGAGGAUUGGGGACGUGGCUGCCAAUAGUGUCAUAAACAUUGCAUCACAGAUGCGCGACUGGGCGCUUCAUAAAGAGAUGACCGUCUUCCACUGCCUCGUCGAUACCUCACCCGGCUCAAAGCCUCCUGCACAUUCGAAGAUCUCGGCCGAAUGGAAGAUGUACGAAGCCAAGUUUUCCGAAAUGCCUUGGCUGGGCCGUGAAGCGGAGUCACUGGCGGUCAGAAAACCUCUCGAUCGGGAGCUCACCGUCCUGAGAACACCGGGCUUCAUCUCCGCCCUUGAAUCACACGGACUGUCGAACUUGCUAAAAGAAAAGGGAAUCAAGUCACUCAUCAUCGGCGGGAUAAGCACUUCUGGCUGUGUCCUGAGCACCGCUCGCGCUGCGACGGAUCGUGGGUACAUCGUGACUGUGAUGGAGGACGCAUGUUUUGAUCCAGUUCCGGGCUUGCAUGGUAUGCUAGUCACACAUGCCUUGCCUAUGGGCGCUCACGUGGCAACGUCGUGGGAAAUCCAGAACGCAUGGAAGAUUCUGUAA